GCUGCUCUGUGGGCUUCAGGGUCCGUGUACAUUUCGUUAUCAAAACUGAGAAUGGAAAAACUACAUUUGAAAAUCAGAAAUCAACUUGUUUUCUCAUUUGUUUGGCUUGCACUAGCUAGCACUAGCUGCUAGCAUAAAGUAAUAUGACAUCUCAUUUUGUCUUAGCUUGUAACUUGUAAAAUAUGUAUUUAUAUAUUUUUGGACAAAACUAAAAACAAACAUCUAAUAUAUUGUGUUAUUUGUUUUAUAUUAUUACAUGUCCAAUUUUGAAACAAUUGAGAAACGGAAUCGUUUUGCGUUUUUCCAUUCUCCGUUUUUAUUCUGAAAUCAAAAAUAACGAAAUGUACACGGACCCGUCAACUUGAUAAAGUGAAGCAACCUUGAGUAGGAGGGGAAAUCAGAGUUUGGAAUUGUGGCAGAAGAUCCGGAGUACGAGUGCGGAGGUGAGAAGAGCGUUGGUUUGAAACUAAAUUAAGCACUCAGGAUAAGUCCUCCAGAAACAGCAGGACAAAGAAAUCUAACUCCGGAGUGAUAAGGAUGGGUGAGACACCAGUCAGGGAUGAUGGCACAGUUACAAGGUCAGCUGAGUAUGUUGGCUCCUUUCCUGUGGAUGACUGUUGUUUGGAUGAUCAGAUGCAGCAGUUGCACACACAGCUCAAGUCUCUCAAAACAUGCAAGAAAAGGAGGUCUGUGUCCCUGAAAUUUUCCAUCAAAGGUGUGAAGAUGUACGAUGAAGAUGAGACGACCAUCCUCAUGGCCCAUGCUCUACGAAGGGUCUCCCUUUCCACCGCCCAACCCUCGGACGCCCAGUUCGCCUUUGUUUCCCACAACCCAGGCAACCCUGAUGCCCAACUAUACUGCCACCUCUUCAAGGCUAGUCAUGCCAGAGCAGCCCAAUUCCUGAACCUGUUGCUGUGCCGCUGUUUCCAGCUGUCCUACCUGGAGAAGCACCCAGAGGAGGCUCAAGUUGAGUCUGCAGGCCCACUGCCCAACUGUACCCCCUCCCUCCUCAACCAGGGCUUCCCUCUCAGUGUCAGCGCCCUUGUGUCCUUCAGAAGGGCCCCCACUCAGGGCUUACUCCCAGGGGAAAAGGUCUUCCCAUUGAAGAACAACAGCGCAACAACUGAGGAACAACCAAGCAUCCAAGAAAAUGUCAUCACCUCUCCUUCCCUGGUGCGCAAGAAAGCCAUCCGCAACAAAGUACUGCGCUCAGGGGCCUAUCGCUCCUUCACUUACACCCCUCACAAACAACGCCACCUCCAGGAUCAGCUUAACUCUCCACAAGGAAAGGGGCAGGACAAAAUGCCAGGGAGGAGAGCCCGGGCCCCGAGCCUUGCUGAAACAGAAGAAGCUCUGGCUCAAGCGGUGUGGUGUUGGGCUGGCAUCACCACUGACAGCAGCUAUUCCCUGCUUGCAGAGGACGUCCUGGGCUCAUACCUCCUGUGCCCGCAUCCUAAGAGACCUGGCUGUGGCUCUCUCAUCAUUCGUUUCUCUUCUGGCCUCAUCACCCACCUCAUAGACAACACAUAUAAAGGGACAUACCAGCUUGAGAACUGCCAACAAGAAUUCUGCACCAUUGCUGCUUUGAUAGAGCACUACACAGAGUUCAAGGAGGAGCUGAACUUUCCUCUGAGUUGUGCCCGUGUAAACCACUGCUACGAGUGGGAGGAGAAUGUUGGCAAGGCACACCAAAGCCUCAAAAGAAAGAAUGCAGAAUAUAACCAGAGGAAGCAAUGGGUUUAAAAGUAAUUUCUGAACAUUGGAUUGAUUGAUGUAUCCCAUUCUCUAAGAGACACUGAGAACAUGUUACACUGACACCUUUCAUUUCUUUGCACUUAAAUACAAUACAAUUCAUUCACUUCUGUGCUUCAUUUAGGUUACUUUUAUUGUUUUGAGAUUUGUGAUGUUUAUCACAAUUCACCUGCUAAAGGGAAGUUUGAUCGCAAGGGUGGAGCAGAGCCAUAUAUUUAGAUAAAUGUAAGGCGUGUGGAGUGAUGUUGGCACUUCGCCUAUGAUGUAGUUUUUUUUUGUUUUAUGUCAGUGUGUUUGAGAUGUAUAUUCUAUUUUAGCUGCCCCUACUUUUUAAAUUGUAUACAAUUUUUUUUUAAGUAGGAAUUUAGUGUGUGUUUGUAUAUGAAUUAGAGGGAUUUUCUAUUUUUGUAUGUGUUAAGCUGUAUGCCUCGUGUUAUGCUGUCUGUUUCACAGCAUGUUUUAAGAUGUUCUGUGAGAACAUGGUACAUGACUCACUUUACACCACAAAGUGGAGGCUAUUUUUAUUGUUGGGUUAUGCAUAAUGCAUUGCCGGAUUUUAUGCAUAAAUGCAGACCUCUAACUUGAUCUAAGUCUUUUUUAGGGGGAACAAGAAGUGAUUUCAAUUUUGGCUCUUUGGAAAGAGGAUGGGCAGCAAAAACAUUUUCUUGGCAAUUUUCACACAUGACGUGGUUUUAUCAAGUGUAUGGUUGCCUUGGAACGCGGUGGGAAGGGAACCGACAGAACGAGUUUUUUUUUAAAUUAUUAUUAUUAUUAUUUUUUAUUUUUUUGCGUAUACUAUUGUUUUUGAGCACGGAUUGUAUUCAUUGGACGACAUGAUGCCAUCUGCCAAUACUACGUUUUUAUAGCACGUGGAUAAUUGAUUUGACAAUAAAUUAUUCCAACCAAUUAACGGUCUGACAUGUCUAGCAGGUUAGCUGGUACAGGUUGUGAACUCGAUUGCUUUGAGGCUUGGCCAAUGUGGCAAGCUAGCUACCGUCCUUAGCUUAGUUAGCUAGCGUUCUGAUUUGCUGUCAUGCUUCUGUGACCAGAUCAACAGGCUACAGCACACCGACAGAGGAAUACCCUGGCAGAUCAGAGGAAGAAGCAGUUGAUUGGCCCUGGCAGAGAAUGGUGAGGAGAGUGACAAUGUGAUCUUCAAUGUCUACGACUCCAUCCAGGAGGAAGUCCAUGCUAAGAGUCGACUCCUAGAGAACACCCAGAGCAAGCUGAAGGUGGCCAAGCUGGAGAUCCACAACUUGCAGGCGGAGUUUGAGCUAGAGAGGAAUGACUACCUGGCAACAAUCCGCAGGCUGGAGGGGGAGGGCAAGCUGCUACAGAGCCUGUUAGAGCGCAGGGCCCCUUUGGUCUGUCGUGACUGCAACUACAGCCACUUGGAUCGCCUGCGGACGGAGGCCACUGGGGUGACGACAGCGUCACCUGGAGGCUGCCUGACAUGUUGGUGCAGAAAACAGCCCUGCUAUCAGAUGAGCGUAGAACCGGGGAAGAAAUAAUGUUGUGAAGAUGUCUUUGAAUUUAGAACCAAUGUUAAUCUUUCAGUGGAUGGACUAUUUUUAUUUAGAUUUUCAAUGUUGUGAUUACAUGGAUGGUUGGUCCUGUUUAGGUUUCUCAUCCUCUGUUGUGUCCCUUCUCUCUUUCAGCAGUAGCUCCUUCAGCUCAGAGGCUCUCUGUGUGCAUGAGCUCAGCGGCUGACACAGGAGAAUCCUUUCAAUAUGAUGAAAUCAGUAUAUAAAGAGAUGAUGAACCGCAGCGACAGCGAGAACUUCGCCAGCAACUACUUCAAGCCUAAGAGAGUCAACCAGUUGCUGGGCGUUGAGCCACAACUGUGACUGAGAUCAUUUGCCCUACAUGUGUGGCUAUUCCACUGAUGACCUCUUCCCAUGCAGCAGUUCACUCAGCACCCCAGAGGAAUGGUACGCCUCACCUGACCUCCAGCGGCUCCAACAUUGGCCCCUCACUCAGCCCUGAAUCUCUCCUCCCUUUCCCCUUCUGCCUUGAGUCACUGGGGAUCACCCCAGCCAAUGGCAAGGUGAAGAGGAAGAAAAGCAGAACAUAGAGAGCUGGGCUACAGAGGCACUCUGUCACCACCUCCCCCAGUCUAUCCAUUUCUACCUGCCAUCCUUUUUGACCACUAGAGACCUCACAAUUCGUUGGCUUGUUUAGGUGGAGUAUUUAAUUCAUCCACUGUGAUUGACCCUAGGUUGUUAGUAGUUCACUAUUGAACUUUUAGUAACCAGCAUAAUAAUGGUACUUUUAAAUGGACACUUGGUCUGGCAAUGUGAUGCUUCUGGUGUUUAUUAUUAUUUUUUGCACCUUUUUAAAUGUUAGCGAAGAUAAUGCCACACCAUAGUGCAUGCAGUGACUCUUAAUUCUGUGAUACAAUGGUUUAUCCAACCUUGAAUAUAAUAUUUAUCACUGUUGUGGUUUUUGCUGCUCAUACUGUAAUUGUUAAUACAAUAUUUUUUCUGUA